CCCUCAAGAUUCUCUCAUUCUCUUUUUUUUUUUUUGUUUUAUGGUGUCCCUGCCAGUUUUUGCGCACCUCGAUUAAUUUGGAGAACUGCUAGCACACUGUUAUCCACCGAGCAUGGCAGUCCACUUACUUCCGUCCCUCAGGAUUCUUUUACUCUGCACUAUAGGACUAGAAACAAAAAAAAGGGGAAAUGAGAACUCAUAAAUCUAUAAAGAAAAACAAGAUUAGAAUAACUUUACUUUUUUUCUCUCUGCCAUCAUUCUUUUAAGUAUUAGCCCACCUCCUUUGUUUUUCUUUCUUAGAUAAAGACAAUUAUGGCAAAGAGUUCCCAAGACUCAAGUUCCAAGAGGCACUUCCAUUGGACUAACAAGGUUAGCAGUGAAGAUGAAGAAGCCCCUCCUUCAACCUUCAAAUCCUGUUCUAGUACUAGUGAGGAUGAGCCGAAGCUCAAGGACAAUUCGCAUGUUCCAGCUGCAGAAUCCAGAAUUCGGCUCUCAGUUACCAGGAAGAAACUGCAAGCUGUUGCGGUUUCCAGGUGGCGUUCAGUUCUUACCACAUUUGCUAAGAACCGGACGGAGUUGCAGCAGAGCCUUGGACCGCGGGUGGUGGGCACCCUUUUUGGAUAUCGCAGAGGACAUGUGCAUUUUGUGUUCCAGAGGGAACCGAAUUCCACACCAGCUUUCUUGAUUGAACUUGCCACCCCAAUAACAGGGCUGGUGCAGGAGAUGGCUUCUGGCUUGGUUCGCCUCGCGUUGGAGUGCAACAAGGAAGCUAAUGAUGAGAAGAAAACACGUCGAUUGUUGGAAGAACCAAUGUGGAGGACUUUUUGUAAUGGGAAGAAGAGCGGGUUCGCGUCAAGGAAGGAAUGCGGUCCAAAAGAGUGGAAAGUUCUGAAAGCCCUGGAGCCUAUUUCGAUGGGGGCAGGUGUUUUACCAGCUGACAAGGAAGAAGGAGAAGGCGACGGAGAUGAGAUCAUGUAUAUGAGGGCCAAGUUUGAAAGAGUUGUGGGGUCUAGAGACUCCGAGGCAUUUUACAUGAUGAAUCCAGAUAGUAAUGGAGCUCCUGAGCUUAGUUUGUACUUGCUCAGAGUCUAAGCAUCUGUUUGCAUCUUAUAUGUUUUUUCUUUUUCUUGAUCUGAGGACUGAAGAAGGCUUUAACUAUGUUUCUCUUCAGUUUUUAUCUUUCUCAUCUUUUCUGCUAUAUAAUCUUGUAAUUGUAAGUUCUCUGAUAUCUUAAAGCUGUAUGGGGUUAAACCGGAAAUAUUUGAAUACAUAUCCUUUGUUGCA